CAGUGGUAGACUCAACACACCAAAACAUUACUUUCUGGUGUCGCUUUAUGCAAAGUUAUGUAAGAAAAUACCGGGAAAUCGGCUGUAAAACGUGCUUUACGAGUCCUUGCUUAAUUCAGGACUGAGUAUGGGCAGCCGAAAUACACGUGGCUCCAGGAGGGAGGUCGAACAGAAUCGAGAUGAAUCGACGUCAAAUCCCGGUGUUACUGAAGAUGCAGAUAGCGACGACAACGAAUCUGACCUUGUGAGCGUGCUUGCGUUUCUGCUUCGUAGUGGUCAGGCUCGGCUUGUGCGUGCUACCACUGAGGGAGGUAGUGGGAUCCACAUCAUUCAUGGCAUGUCAUCAAGUGACAGUGAUGAUGAUGAAGAUUUUGAUGAAGAUUUUGCUUAUCACAAUGGUAAAGCAGCCAGUCCUCCAGUUGAUCCAAAUCCUAAUACUCUAGUUGUUGAUCAAAGUGUGUUUAAACUGGACACAUUAUUGUCAAGUGGUCAAAUUUUAGGUGGUCAAAAUAUUUGUUCAAGGCUUCACAGGAGAGAAAGUUCCCUUCAUAAUCGGCCAAACUUUACCUCUAGUGACAAGGCUGCGGCUUCAGCCAAUUAUAUCCCCAACAAGAAAGCAACAAAAGCUCAGUUUCUCCAAAAGCUGUUUUGUGGCCAGUAUUCCAGUGAUGGAACAGUAUUUCUUUCAGCUUGUCAAGAUCAAAACAUCCGUCUGUACGACACAACCCAUGGACAGUUCAAAGAGUUUCGAAACAUAGUGGCAAGAGACGUAGGCUGGAGUAUAAUAGACACGGACUUUAGCCCUGAUCAGCAAUACCUCAUAUAUUCUAGCUGGUCUGACUACAUUCAUCUCUGCAACAUUUAUGGUGACUAUGAAACACAUGCAGCUUUAUGCUUAAACCCAGAAGAUUCAAGAUUUUGUGCAUUUUCAAUAAAGUUUUCUCAUGACAAUAAAGAAAUUUUAGCAGGAGCCAAUGAUGCUGCCAUAUAUGUGUAUGAUCGAGAAAGUAAUAAGCGGACUUUGAGGGUCCAUGGUCAUGAAGAUGAUGUAAAUACGGUAGCAUUUGCAGACGACAGCUCUCAUAUUCUGUUCUCUGGAGCAGACGAUGGUCUCUGUAAGGUCUGGGAUCGCCGGCAGCUAUCUGAGAAUUGCCCAUACCCAGUGGGUGUUUUAGCUGGACAUGCUGAUGGUAUCACCCACAUUGACCCAAGGGGAGAUGGACGGCACCUUAUCACUAACUCCAAAGACCAGACAAUCAAAUUGUGGGAUAUGAGAAAGUUUUCUGCUGAGGAAGGCAUCAGUGCUACAAAACGUGCUGUGGCUGGUCAGAGGUGGGACUACCGCUGGCAACCAGUCCCACGAAAAUCUGUGAGACGUUCCAAGCUGGAUGGUGAUUCAUCUGUCAUGACUUAUCGUGGCCACAGUGUCUUACACACUCUUGUUCGCUGUUACUUCUCACCUCUCCGCACCACAGGACAGCGAUAUAUCUACUCGGGAUGUUCCACUGGUGCUGUUGUUAUUUAUGAUGCAUUGACUGGAAAAAUAAUCUCCAGACUGAGUGGACAUAGAUCAGCAGUGCGAGAUGUGUCAUGGCACCCCUAUGAAAAUGAGAUUGUCAGCACUUCUUGGGAUGGAACACUUGGCUUGUGGAGAUACAAAAGGCCAAAUGAUGAGGAGGAUGAUAAAGAAGAAGAGGAACCAGAACCCAAGCAGCAGUCUGUGGGGCCCUGUCGUCGUUCUAUUCGUCUCAGAAACCUCAUACAUGUAUAAAAUCACAAAACUCAUUACAAAUUCAGUGCGAUUUAAAAAUUCUAUAACAUAUUCUCUUGUGGGCUUUCACAUUUUUUCUCUGGUCCAUAAAUGUUUACUAGUAAGCAGCAAAACAGGUAACUUUCACCUAAAGAUGGAAUUGCAGUCUCUUCACAUGAGCUUGGUUGACCAGGCCGUCUCAGUUUGCAGUACGUAUUCUCACCAUCUCUUUGAAAUUUCAUUGAGUUCACAUGAGAAAAUUUUCAUGGAAUAAUAACUGGGAUGAAGAAAUGUACCAUGGGAGUGGAAGACCAAAAAUGUCCUGCUAACUAUGCCAUCCUUGUUGUUGGAAUUAAAGGAAGAUGGUUGUUGUCUUUUCUGUACAUACGGUUUUGUACUUGGUGUAAUUUUUUCAUUGGUCAAAACGUGAACCAGCUCUCAAUAUACCCAAUAGUGUAAUUUAUGUUGAGUAUAGGAAGCAAUUUUUGGACAAAAUUAUUAAAUAAAUUUUGCUAGGACUGCAUGUAAUCCAAUGCUGUUUGUAAUCAUAUUAGUGAUGUGUGUAAACCAUGAGCAUUAUAAUUACUGACAGAAUUGGAUGACACAAAGUCAUGUAGUUAAAACUGAAAAAAUGUGAGAAAUAAACUACUCACUGAUUGAGCAAUUAACUCUCUUCCAUAAGAAUAUGAACAACGUAGGCUAUUUAAAUUCGGAUACAAAUCAGGCCUAGUACCCAAUCUUGCACAGGUAUGGCACAAGAACUACCCCAUCACACUGUUCAGUUACAGGCAUGAGGCAUACUUAGUGUCAUUAAUAAUGGUAAUAGGACCAAGUGGAGUCCAAUUUGGUCUGUAAUCAUAUGAGUGAUUAACAAAAUCAGACAAUCACAAAGCAGGAGUCUGAUUUGUUUACCAUGAGUAUGAUUACUGACAGAAUUGGACAACAUGAAAUCCUGUUACCAAUUAAUCAUAACCAUUUCAAUUUCUGAAAAAACAAGUAUGCCUAGAACAAAUAUCUCCACUGGAGACAAUGUCUUUAGUUAAAUAUUCUUCCAUUUUGGAAAUUGCCUUGUUUUUCUUUGGAUAAAUGGUUGUUGCUAUGGUUAUUGUGAUCAAUUCUGUGAUUGGUGGAUUAAGCUGAGUGGACCUAGUAUGAUUGGCUGCUUCCACUGUCCGAUUACAGGUGUCUGAUUGCAGCCAACUGUCCAAUUACAAUGUCCAAUUACAACUGUACAGACUGAUUAGUGUAAAAUGAAGUAGCUGAUGCACCAAUCACAUUUGAGGAAAUUGUAAUGGUUAUGACUAGUGCUUAAAUCGUGCUAAUGAUAACCAAUCAUUGUCAAGUAUUUCAUUCACUUUCUUCAUAGUCUUGAUUGAUUUUAGAAUACCUUUGAAACAGGCCAAAUACAUAUAAUAGUAAGGAAAUUGCUGGUGUCAUAAAAGGAACACUCUAAACAGCUACACAAUGUUUAUAAAUGGUAACAAUGGACUUUUUUUAAUGUUGUGAGUUGUAUUACAAGGUAAUAUUCUUAUCCCACUUAAUAGUAACAAAAUGAAAAAUUGCUAAAAGCAGUGAUUGUGACUAGGUUUAAAAAUGUGGUAUUUAAUGUUUAAAAUUCUAAAGUUGAUUUUUAUGUUUGUUGUAAUGAACUUGAAACAAUAGAGACCUUAAGCAAUGAAGACAAGGCAAAACGAAAGAUGAAAUGAGUCGAACAAUAGCUUAGUAUGUGGGUUUUUGAAACUUUGUACAUUUCUCAGCCAUCCUCUGCAGAACAAUAAUUUGAAAUCAUCAAAAUUUACAAGGUCUGAGAACAGAAACCCUGAUGGCAAAUUAUUUAAGUUUCCAUUUGGAAUUAUCGUUUCUUCACUCACAUUUUACUGAUGUUACUGGGUGAUACUGUGACAGACGGUAGAAACAUCCAGCCUUUUGCCAAAUUCUUCCUGAAAAUAUAAAAUAAUUUAUUUUUUAAUCAAGGUCUUCCUCAAGGUUAUUGCCAUGACUGCUUAGGGCCUAUAGUUUCUCUGUCGUUACUUUCCAGCAUUGUUUUGUACAAAAUCAAAUCAAAAGAAUGUAGUCAUACAAUUUAAUCAUGGGUCAGUGUAAAAAUUAAAGGUUCAAGUGUGAUGUA